UGGGCCGGCCAGCGCUGACCCACAGCAAGGCCCCCCAGGUACACCUCCCCCCCAUGCCCUUCCGCAACCCCCAGCGCCACAUCUCCCUCUCCAAGGCCCCCCCUGCUGCCGCCGCAGUCAACAGGCCUGGAGGUGGAGGUGGAGGUGGAGGUGUAGGCAGUACCACCCCGGAGCGUAGCCCCGCCACUCCACCUCAGCCCCCUCUAGUGGUGACUGAGAGAAAGACAUCGCCUCAGACCCAGCAGCAGCAGCAGACGUCUCCUCAGCAGCAGCAACAGCAACAGCAGCAGCAGCAUCAGCACACCACACACACCUCUAAAAACACACUCACCACCAGGAACCACCUGCCAUUCACCGCCAAGCAACACACCUCCUCACAGCCCCAUGUGCAUGCUAACAAGUGGGGGAAGACCAAGGCGGACGUGGGUGUGGAGGCGUCUCAGAGAGCUGGACGUGUUGGAUUCACGGUGGUGGAGCCACCAGUAGAGGACAUUGUCAAGGUGACACCUCCACGACAACAACAACACCUCUCCCCAGAGACGCAUCCUCCACAUCCACAGCCACGCACCCACCCAAAGCCUCAGCACCGACCCCCAGCUCUGCUGCUGUCCCCAGGUGGAGGGGGUGGGGUUGGGGUUGGGGUUGGUGUGCGCGCCUGGACCCCUGCCCAGCACCAGCACCAGCAGACGGCAGCCCUCACAGCCCUCUCCUUCUCCUUCUCCGAGUCCGAGUCCGAGUCUGAGUACUCAGCCGAUGGGCCCCUGGAGCCCGGGGAUGACGAUAGUGACAGUGAUGGUUACGGUGAACCAGAACGGCAACCUCCAGUGUUCUCCUUCACGACCCCCUCCCGACGGGUACACAGACCCUCCUCAUUCGGACCUGGUGGUGUUGGUGCUGGUGCUGGUGCUGGUACCAGUGCCGGUGCUGUUGCCGGUACCACCACGCAGGGUAGGUUCACCACCCCACCACGCAUGGGUGGUAUCAGCCUGAUAGGUCGGCGAGACCAGGCGCAGACUCAGGAUCUGGGUCUGGGCGUGGGCAUGGGGCUGGGGACCACGGCGUCCAGAGCGGAACCGGAGGAGCUGGAAGAGCUGGACCUGGUUCUGCCGCCUCUAGGCUGCGAGGACGAGCCCUGCUACCCGGGAGUGCCGUGCUUCAGCAGACCCGGAGGGGGGUACCGGUGCGGACGCUGCCCCGUCAACUACAUCGGGGAUGGCACCUCCUGCAGAGCUGUGUGCAGGCACCCGUGUGGCAGGAACAUGCAGUGUGCCGCCCCCAAUACCUGCAGAUGCAAAAAGGGAUUCACAGGACCUAACUGCCUAACAGCGAUCUGCAGUCCAGGAUGCAGUAAUGGAGGCACCUGUGUAGCUCCUGGUGUUUGUGCUUGUGUCAAGGGCUACCAUGGAGAGACAUGCGAGAAAGCUCUGUGCAGUCUUCCCUGUCAGCAUGGAGGCACGUGUGUGGGUCGGGACAGCUGUUCCUGUCGCUAUGGUUUCGUGGGGCCCCAGUGCCAGACCAUGGUGUGUAACCGCCACUGUCAUAACGGGGGAGAGUGUGUGUCGCCUGACGAGUGCCUCUGCAUGCCUGGAUGGACAGGACCCUCCUGUGAGACCGCUCUGUGUGACCCGGUGUGCCUGAAUGGCGGUACCUGUCUACGGCCAAACACCUGCAGCUGCCCUCACGGCUUCUAUGGCAACCAAUGCCAGAAUGCCGUGUGCAACCCUCCCUGCAAGAACGGCGGCCGCUGCAUCCGCAACAACGUCUGCACCUGUCUGGAGGGAUACACUGGAAACCGCUGCGAGAGGAGUGUGUGUGAGCCGGGCUGUAUGAAUGGUGGGAGGUGCGUUGGUCCAGAUGUGUGUGACUGUCCGUCUGGUUGGAGGGGAAGACGCUGCGACAAACCCAAGUGUCUGCAGAGGUGUCUAAAUGGGGGAGAAUGCGUGGGCCCCAACACGUGUCUAUGCAGCGCAGGAUGGCAGGGCACGCUAUGCCAAGUCCCUAUCUGUGAACAGAAGUGUCUCUACGGAAGCCGCUGCGUUCGGCCCAAUUACUGCGCCUGCCGAUACGGCUAUGAGGGAACCGCCUGCGCAAGAAAGCUACCGUUUGUCCGAGGAGGCUGAAGGCCUAUAAAAACACCACUCACUGUGCGGAAGAAAAGGAAGAUGAGAGCAACUCCCCCCAUACAGCCCAGGGGCCUAUUAAUACU